AUGGCUAAUAAAAUUAUCAAUACGAAUAAAAAUCCCAAUAAUUUUAAUCAAGCAAUAGAAUUUCGCUCUUUCGAGCGAGAAGAAGAACCGCAGCAUGAAGAGAAAAAUAUUUCGGGUUUUUUUGAUAGUCGUCGGGAGUCACUGGCUGAUUCUUUGAGUAGCGCGAAUGACACUUUAACAAUGGACUCGAUAGAAAAUUCAUCUAAAGUGCCGUUAUUGCCGCCGACUGUAAUACCUUCUUUACAACCUCCACAAGCACUUCAUUCUCGACCUGCGCCAACAGUAGCUUCAACGGGGGGAGUUGACGAAAACUUGAAUAGCAAUAAUCCGAGACAACGACGAAAUACCACUGUCAAUUCCGCAAAUGGCAAUUAUAAUUAUGAUAAUAAUGCAAGAUCAACUGCUACUCUAUCUCAUAAUAGUAUUCAUUCUUCCAUCACUCUAAAGGACAAUAAUUCCUUCUCUUCAAAAGAUUCUGAUUACUUUCUACCACCAAACGAAAGACCACGCAAAACUAGCAUAUAUAAACCUGUUCAUCAUGCAAACAUGAAUCCAACUACUACCUCAAUAUUUCAUAUAUUCCGAUUCGCCACAACAUUUGACUAUCUGUUAAUUAUGCUCGCCAUGUUUUUCAGUCUUUGCAAUGGGUUAAUAAUUCCGUUGAUGACCCGUUUAUUAGGCGAUUUAUUUAAUAUUUUCGCCGAACAAUCAACGGGGAUCAUUACGCGAGGAAAAUUUGAGGAAAAGAUCAAAGAAGCGGUGUUGAAAUUUGUACUGUUAGGCCUCGCAACUUUUAUUUUGUCUGCUUUGAUGACGUCGAUGUGGAUGUGGACUGGGGAACGUCAGACAAAGCGAAUGCGUGAGAUUUAUUUUCAGUCAUUGUUGAGAAUGGAUUUGGGGUAUUUUGAACGAGAAGAAAUUACUUCUGGUGGAUUAUUGACUGAUACAGAUGAUAUUCAAAACGCGAUAUCAGAAAACCUUGGACUUGCUAUACAAUAUCUUACGACUGCCAUUGGAUGCAUGGUGUUGGCGUUUUAUAAGAAUUACGCGCUUACCUUAGUGAUCAGCACCACCGUCCCAUUCCUAUUAUUAGCGUUAAACUAUACAUCGCGAAAAGCUACGCCAUUAAUCAAAGAGGAGCGCGAAAUUUUUUUAAAAGCCGGCAAUAUUCUCGAAUAUUCUUUAUCAGCUAUUAAAACGGUGAAAUCAUUUAACGGGGAGGAAAAAGAAGAAAAAAGACACCUCGAAUGUUUGAAAGAAGCAAAUAUUGUCUCCGCAAGUCUCGCAUGGAUCUUUGCUCUACGAACAGGAAUUAUGCAAUUUCUUUUGUUAUCGUUGUUUGUGCAAGGAUUCUGGUAUGGCGCGAAUUUAGUGGCUAAUAAAAAACUGUCGCCAGGGGAUGUGCUUAGUAUAUUCUAUGCGUGUCUCUUGGGAGCUAGCGCGUUGAGAAGUACCUUACCCUUGUUGACUUUUAUGGCUAAAGCGAAAAAUGCAGUACAUAAAGUUAAUGAACUUUUAACCCAAGUCGCGAUAUUAGAUAUAGAAGCCUUACGUGGUUUUAAGAUACCAAAAUGUGAAGGAAAUAUCGAAUUCGAGCAAGUUAGUUUCGCGUAUCCUAGUAGGCCGGAUACAUACGUGUUGCAAAAUGUUAGUAUAAGUAUUCCGGCGGGCCAGACAACAGUAAUACUGGGUCAAAGUGGUUCGGGGAAAUCAACGAUAGCUCAACUGAUUCAAAAAUUAUAUGAGGUGAAAGAUGGUGUAGUGAAAUUGGACAAUCGUGAAAUCCGUAUUUUGAAUACUCAAUGGUUACGUCAACAGAUUGGUGUUGUAAGUCAGGAACCUGUAUUAUUUGAUGGUACUAUAUUUCAAAAUGUUGCCUAUGGCAAGCCAGACUUUAUGAGAGUAACACUCGAACAAGUGAUUGAAGCAUGCAAACUUGCAUGCAUACAUGAUGAUAUUGAAAAACUCGCGGAUGGAUAUUAUACUAAGUUAGGCGAUAAAGGACAAAGCUUAUCCGGUGGACAACGGCAGCGAAUAGCGAUUGCAAGAGCUUUGAUCAAAGAUCCUGCUAUUCUUAUACUUGAUGAGGCGUCGAGUGCAUUGGAUUUAAUAUCUGAUCAUGAAGUGCAAAAAGCAUUGGAUAAUUGUCGUCGUGGUAGAACCACAUUGGUUAUCACACAUCAUUUAUCCCAUAUUAAAGAGACUGAUCUUUUAUAUAUAAUGGAUAAAGGUGUAUUGGUGGAAAGGGGCUUGAAGAAAGAUUUAAUAAAGAAUGAAGAAGGACAUUUUUAUAAGAUAGCUCAAAAGGCAGAAAUUCUACAUUCAAAGCGCGCAUCUUUUGAUCUUCACUUAAAUAAUAACACUUUAACUAUUCCAUCAUCAAAAAAAGAAAAGGUUCAAUAUGAAGAACGUGAUUUAUCAACUUCCGCAGGACUAUUACAAAGAUCGUUGAGUAUGGCGACUAGAAUAGGUUGGCGACAAUCAUUUAUUGAAAAUUACACUGAUAUGGAACUUUUAAAUCAAAGUGCAUCUGCGUCAGUGAAUAAACGUAAUGAAAAUCGAUUAUCAUAUUUUGGAAUUCUAAGUUACUAUGAUGAUGAUUCAGAAAAACCAAUUGACAUUAUGAUAUCAAAUCAGACCAAUUUAGUUCCCGAAGAUAAAAUAAAGAUGAGCAUAUGGCAACUGGCGAAAAGCACAAUGGAGAAUAAAUUACUUUAUGUUGCUGGCUUAUUGGCAGCAAUUGUAAAUGGAUUUGUGAUGCCUCUGUUUUCCUACGUUAUGACCAAGUUAUUGACCACUUAUACACUCUCGGAUAAAGAUCAAUUGCAAUCACAAGCACGAGAUUGGGCAAUAGUGGUAUUAUUAUUGGCAAUUGGAAAUGGGCUUUCCGCCCAUUAUAAAUAUUUUUUGCUGGAACGUGCAUCAGAGCAAUGGGCAGUUUAUUUACGUCAUCUCGGAUUUGGUCGUAUUCUUCGUCAAUCUCAAUCAUUUUUCGAUAAAGCUGACAGUGCAUCCGGAAAAUUAACCACCAUCCUGAUUAACGAUACUGACACGGCUAAAAAUCUCGUUGGACAUUUCAUGGGAAAUAUGGUGGUUGUGAUCAUUUCCCUAUUCGCCGGUAUGAUAUGGGGAUUUAUUGUCGGUUGGGAGUUGAGUCUUGUGGGAUUUGGACUUGCGCCAAUUAUUUGGUCGAUUACUGAGCUUCAAAGAAAAUUUUUGCAAAAAUAUGAAAGUCAGAGAAAAAAGUCACUCGAAGAUGCUUCUAAUGCUUUUUAUCAAACAAUCUCAUCUAUUAGAGUCGUUUAUUCUUUAUCUAUUGAGAGAAUUAGAUUAGAAGAAUAUAAGAUGGCACUUCUUGUUCCGUAUGAUAUUGGAUUGAGAAAAGCUCUUGUUGUUGGAUUUUUUUCAGGUUUAAUAGAGGCUGUUGGUUAUUUUACCAAAGCACUUACCUUUUGGUACGGAGCUCAUCUUGUCAUCCAAGGUACUUAUGACCUAAACAGAAUGUUGACUGUUUGGACGUUAGUUAUUUUUUGCACAACAUCAGCUAGUACCAUCCUUGCCACAAUUCCGUAUUACGAAAAGAGUAAACAAGCAGGAAAAACACUCUGUCAAAUAAUGAGUUUACCAACACCUCAAACUGGUGGGAAAAAACUUGAUAAAGUCUAUGGUAACAUCACCUUUAAAAAUAUUUACUUUAGUUAUCCUGAGAGACCAAACAGUUUGAUCCUUAAGGGCUUAGACUUUAAUAUUACAGCCGGUGAAACGAUUGCAUUGGUCGGAAAAAGUGGGAAUGGUAAAUCCACGAUUGCAGCUUUGCUACAACGAUUUUAUGCCCCAAAUAGUGGCAUCAUCAUGCUCGAAUAUGAGAAUCUUCACGAAUACGACCUUAAUUGGUUACGCGAACAAAUUGGCAUCGUCAGUCAAGAACCAGUUCUUUUUGACAUGACAAUAGCAGAAAAUAUUCGAUACGGCAAAGACGCGGCGACACAAUCAGAAAUAGAAUUUGUCGCGAAGAAAGUCAAUCUUCACGACUUCAUUAUGGGAUUAAGUCAAGGAUACGACACAUUACUCGGUAGCAACGGUUCCAAGUUAUCGGGUGGUCAAAAACAACGUAUAGCAAUAGCCCGUAUUUUAUUACGCGAUUCGAAAAUCCUUAUAUUGGAUGAAGCAACUAGUGCACUCGAUAAAGACAACGAGUUGGAAGUUCUCCAAGCUUUGGAUCAAGCUAAAAAAGGUCGAACGACUUUAAUGAUCACACAUCGAUUGGAUACGGCACGAUUGUAUGCCGAUAAGAUUGCGUAUAUGGAUCAGGGAAAAAUAGCAGAGUUAGGAACUCAUGAUGAGUUAAUGAAGUUACGUGCUGGGUAUUGGAGUUUGGUGACUAAUGAGGCUAACGUGAAAAGUCGAAAAGGAAAAGAGGUUUAA